AUGCGUAGACGUGAGAGCUCGCGCUUCCUUCUCUUCCACGCCCUCCGAGCCUCCGUUGUUGCGAUGGGCCGCAGACCAGCUCGCUGUUACCGGUACUGUAAAAAUAAGCCGUAUCCAAAGUCUCGUUUCUGUCGAGGUGUUCCUGAUGCCAAGAUUCGCAUCUUUGAUCUGGGUCGGAAGAAGGCAAAAGUGGACGAGUUCCCACUUUGUGGCCACAUGGUGUCUGAUGAAUAUGAGCAGCUCUCCUCUGAAGCGCUGGAGGCCGCUCGAAUUUGUGCUAACAAAUACAUGGUGAAAAGUUGUGGCAAAGAUGGCUUUCACAUUCGAGUGCGGCUUCAUCCCUUCCACGUCAUCCGCAUCAACAAGAUGUUGUCCUGUGCUGGGGCUGACAGGCUCCAGACGGGCAUGCGAGGUGCCUUUGGGAAGCCUCAGGGCACAGUGGCCAGAGUCCAUAUUGGCCAAGUCGUCAUGUCCAUCCGCACCAAACUUCAGAAUAAGGAACACAUGGUUGAAGCCUUACGCAGGGCCAAGUUCAAGUUCCCUGGCCGCCAGAAGAUCCAUAUCUCCAAGAAGUGGGGCUUUACCAAGUUUAAUGCUGAUGAGUUUGAAGACAAAGUGGCGAAGAAGCGUCUCAUCCCAGAUGGAUGUGGAGUCAAAUACAUUCCCAGUCGUGGCCCUCUGGACAAGUGGCGAGCUCUGCACUUCAGAGGUCUUUGACAGCACUGUCCUUUGGCCAUGCUGGUCUCAAUAUAUUUUAUUUACUGACAAAAAUUCUGCACAUUGAAUUUAGAAGUUUUAUCACCUCCAAUUAUCAGCAUUUGGACAGUUUCUUAUGACUGCAAAAGGUUUCUUCAGACAAGCCUUACAUUACCUCUCGCUCAGGAGACAACAGUCCAACCUUUUCUUCAUCACAGAAAGGUCAGAGAUUGACAAUAGAGUUCACAUUGCUUGUUUUGGAGUCCCAGGAGAACCACCAGAAAAGGAAAAAUGACACCAAAUCGACUAUCUGUGCUCUAAAAGGACCCUAGAGAGACUUUACAAUCUGUAGGUGCUUGUCCUGCAUUAGAGUUACACUGCAUACAAGUGUUUUCAUUGUUUGUUUCAUUUGUUUUGGAAACUACGUAAGCUAAAAUUACUGGGUCUGUGUUAUAUUUUAAAAUAUAUGGUUCCUUAAAUAACUUAGUCUUCCAAAUUUCAAUCUUGCCAACAGUGCACUCACCUUUUUGAAACUAACCACUCAUUUUCAGGGUCGACUGGGUGAAAGCAACAAAGGGAGUGCUGAACAGUACUGAGAUGUGCACUUAAUAAAUUAUUUCCAUUUACUUAAAUAAUUCCUUUGUCAAUCUUAAACUUUUGCAUAUGGAAAUAUUUUUAGGCUCCUACCAUAUGUCAUACCUGUAUACUUUAAAGUAAGGUUGCUGUAUUAAGCUAUAAGAUUUUCCAUGUUAUAUAUAAGUGAGAAACUUAAUAGUAAAUAAGAUGAAUAUGUAUAAAGGCUUCUUCUACCUUAAGAAGCACUUUCCUUAGUGUAUUUUACUUGAUGCUUUAAAAUUCCUCAAGGUUUCUAGGAAAUAAAGUACUGUGCAGAUCUUCUGA